GGACCUCAAUCAUGAAUCACAUCCUCUUCUUCAUCUAUAUAUAUCCCUCACUAUCAUCACAGAUCUACAAUCGCCAUGGCCCCAAAAGUCAACAGUCUCCUUUUCACUCUCGUCUCCGUCGUCUUCAUCGCCGCCGGCGUCAGAUCCGCUGAUCCGGAUUGUGUAUACACCGUAUAUGUUCGAACAGGAUCCAUCAUAAAAGCCGGCACCGAUUCCAAUAUGACGUUGACGCUAUACGACGCCGGCGGGUACGGUAUAAGGAUCAAUAAUCUAGAAGCCUGGGGCGGUCUGAUGGGCCCCGGGUAUGACUAUUUCGAGAGGGGCAAUUUGGACAUUUUCAGUGGCAGAGGUCCUUGUUUGACCGGACCACCCUGUGAAAUGAACAUUACCUCCGACGGCACCGGAGCUCACCACGGUUGGUACUGCAACUACAUCGAGGUCACCACUACCGGUGCUCACAUCCCUUGCGCACAACAGACGUUUACAGUCGAACAGUGGCUUGCUACCGAUACGUCGCCUUAUGAGCUUACUGCCAUCAGGAACUACUGUGGAUCCGAUGCUGCUGUCUCCGGUCACCGGAUUUCUUCAUCGGUUUCUGAUGUGUGAGAUAUGCUUGGUUCAUUCAGGGUCUGUUUUGUAAUUUUUGAGCUCGUGAUUCCCACAAUAAAAUCAUUCACUUUGCAUGUGCGUGUUUGUUUGGGAGCAAAAUAUAAAAUGCUAUUGCCUCAUUGGUAAAAGUGGCUUUUGUACAUUUUUUUUCUAGUUAAAAUGAUUUUAUUUAUGGAUGUAACAACCA